UAAAAAAAUUUAUCUUCUUCUUUAUUUCAAAUUUUUUUUUUGCUUUUUUGGCUAAAAGACAUGGCGGCAACCGGCGACUCGUAGUCAAACGGAUCGGUGUUCAUGGGCUUGCGCUACUGCUGCCGCAGGAUCGCAAUGAAGAAGGCGGCAUCGACACUCGUCCUCCAGUUUCUUCUGCUGGGAUUUGCAUCUGCAGCUGAUCUUCUCCAGAACCCCGACUUCGAGACGCCGCCGCCCGGCGUGCCGGCGAACUCCACCGGGCCGUUCCUGCUCUGGCAAAACGACACGCUCCCCGGCUGGUCGUUCAGCGGCGAGGUCUACUACCUGACGGCGAGCGGCGACGGCCAACGCCGCGCCGUCCAGCUGGGCCAGGACGGCACGAUCAACCAGACUUUCGCGGCCUCCGCCGACUACGCGGACUACUUGGUCACCUUCGCGAUCGCCUCGUCCGGCGGCGCGAACUGCUCGAGCAAUGGCAGCGUCGUGAUCUCGGCGCCGGACAGCCGGGGGGUGUUUCCGGUGGGGGAGAAGCAGCGGGCCGUGUACGGUCAGUUCCUGGGGAGCUGGGGAGAUAGGGAGGCGAUCGAUCUGGUGAUCGGGAGCGAAACGACGGAGUCGGACGUCAACGCGACGUGCUGGCCGGUCGUUGACUCGAUCGUGCUGAAGAGCAUCACGAGCCUCGUCAAAGCCAAUGAUAAUGAAUUGGUAAACGGGGGAUUCGAGUUCGGUCCAGAUUUCUUGGCGGACUCUAACGAAGGAGUUCUAUUACAACCGGCGCAGAGCCCUGUUCAAUCGCCAUUGAGAGAGUGGUCGAUCCUCGGCACCGUCAAGUAUAUCGACUCCAAACACUUCUUUAUCCCUCAAGGAAAUGCUGCUGUAGAAUUCGUCUCAGGAAAUUCAUCCGGCAUACAAACGGCCGCCCAACUAACGAAGGAUUCGUCCUACACAUUGGAAUUUAUGCUCGGGGACGGGAACGAUUCCUGUGUCGGCGAUUUGGAAGUCAGGGCGCAAGCGGGAUCGGUCCUUCAGAACUACACAAUUCAGAGCAAGGGGAUGGGGUCAGCUCAGAAGUUCUCUUUCAAGUUCAAGGCCGAUUCUGAUACCGGCACGACGCCGAUCAGCUUCGUAAGCUAUGUGAGUAGCCAGACCAAGGAUGGCACGCUUUGCGGUCCGGUGGUCGACGAUGUCGUUUUGCGAGCUUCUCUUGGCCUCAAAUUGGCAAUCCAGUGGAGGUUUCUGCUAUCUCUGCUUUUAUUUGUGGCUCCCGUAAUGAAUUGAAUGUGCCCUUCGGAAAAUGACAUGAUUUUAUUGCGAGCAUUGUAAUUUUGUUUCUUCGAGAAGUUUUCAGGGGAUUUUGUUUUUUCGAUUUAAGGAGUGCUGCGAGAAAAUAUUCACUC